AUGGCAACUGAGCAGAAGGUCCCAGAAGAUAAUCUUGCUGGCAAUAGUUUAGACAUUGUGUCUGUCUCAGAAGAAGAGCUGCCUGUUGUGGAUAUUGCUUUCUCUUACUUUAAAUUUUUCUUAACUAAAACAAAAGUGGAGCCUGGUGAAAAUAAGUCAGAAAACAAAGAAAAUUAUGAAUCGUCAAAGUGCCAUCCCGCUAUUCCCAUGAAGUAUUUAAUAUUCAUUCUUAUUUUGAUACUUGUGAUCGCUCUUAUAGUUGCUAUUGGUCUGAUAGUGCACUUCACUUGUCCAGGAAGGAUACGUUGUCAAUCAUCAUCAAAAUGUAUUAAGAAAUCUCAGAGAUGUGAUGGUAUAUUCGACUGUUCAGAGGGAGAAGAUGAAUAUAGAUGCGUGAGACUGAGCGGAAAAAACGCUGUGUUGCAAGCCUACUCUGCAGGCACUUGGAGAACUGUUUGUUCAGAUGAUUGGAAAGCCUAUUAUGGGAAUUUGACAUGUAAGCAAUUAGGGUUUUCAAGUUAUGUGAGUUCCAGUGAUUUAUCCAUGGAUGAAGUUGAAGAAAAAUUUAGAAGAUAUUUUGUCUCAGUCACAAAAUCUCCAAUCUCUGGGGACAUGGUAUUGCUGCAGAAUGCAAUAAAUCCAAGGGACCAUUGCUCUUCUGGAAAUGUCACCACUCUUAAAUGUGUUCACUGUGGCAUUAGACCUAGUUUCACACCAGUACCGUCAACUCGCAUUGUUGGUGGUAACGUUUCUGCUGAAGGUCAGUGGCCGUGGCAGGCAAGUCUCACUUUUCGAGGAAUGCACGUGUGCGGGGGGUCACUCAUCACCUCUCAGUGGAUUGUCACUGCAGCACACUGUGUCCAUGAUUUGUAUUUUCCUGAGUAUUGGAGCGUACAAGUAGGUUUAUUAAACCAACCCGAAGAUCCUCCUAUUGCUCCCGUACUCAUAGAAAAGAUCAUAUACCACAGCAAAUACAAAUCAAGCACGAUGGUGAAUGAUAUAGCUCUGAUUAAACUGGCAACACAUUUUACAUUCAAUGAAUCAGUACAACCAAUCUGUUUGCCAAAUUAUGGAGAAGAUUUUCCUGAGGGUAAAGUUUGCUGGAUAUCAGGAUGGGGAGCCACAGAAGAAGGAGGAGAUACAUCACAGACUAUGGACUAUGCUGGAGUUCCACUGAUAUCUAACAGAGUUUGCAAUACCAAGUACAUCUAUGGUGGUGUGAUAAAACCUUCCAUGCUGUGUGCAGGGUUUCUGGAAGGAGGGGUAGACACCUGUCAGGGGGACAGUGGUGGUCCUUUAGCGUGUGAAGACACAAAGGUCUGGAAGCUAAUGGGGACCACUAGCUGGGGUAUUGGCUGUGCUCUGAGAUAUAAGCCCGGGGUGUACACUCGUAUUACCUCCUUUUUGGACUGGAUCCAUUUUCAUAUGGAGGUAUGUGCAACUGCUUAA